CACUCAUUCACAUGAAUUGAAUCUCCAAUCUCACAAUCCUCGCCAAGCCGGAUAUUGGUGGCGUUUUGCUUCACGAUCACUGGCUGCAACCCGUGUGAAGAUCAGGAAUUGCCCGUGUAUUUACAAGACGACGCGAUUGGCCAGCUUUGGAAGCAUGCGACGAGAGACAUAUGCCGACCUCAUGACUUUUAAGAUCAUGAACACUCUUUUCACCAAUCUAUAAACAACUAUCUCUGUUUUACCCCGUUGUCAGAAGAGAAUGAUGGCGAGGAUAUAUUGCAGGGCAGAACUUCGACCGACAGGAAUCAAGUGCGACUUAUCUCCGAACCCCUCGCUUGAGCUCAAAGACUGAGUUACCGAGCUGCGUCACUAUCCUGCACGAUGGCUGGGACAGAGGAGCAGAGAAAUUGUUCUUUUCCAGAAGAUUCCGAGAGUGGAUUUUGGGCUACCGAUGUCGUAGGUCCAGAGACAGAAAUCACGAUGGGAAGAGGGAGAGUUGAUUCUUCAACUUCGACUACCGCCUUCUUCUCUCACAGAAAGCGCACUUUAUCUCGUCCUGAUGUGAUUGAGCUGGUUGAAGAGCCAACUCCCACUCGUGUUUUGAGUCCGAGGGACCUUGCUGGGACGAAUGCGAAAGAGUUUGUCAAUCACAACGGAUCAUCUUGGGACGAGAAAGGCAAAACAGGCACAGAAGUUGACUAUAGUUCGUGGGGACGGUGGCAUGAACACGCAGUUAUCCAGAAAGCCAACUCCUGGUUCAAAGAAUAUAUCUUACACGGCGUCUUUCGUCAACGACCAUUACCUCACAGCAAAGACGGACGACAUAUCGAGCUCAAUGUUUCCAGAACAACGCCUUUGAUAGAUGAGCGAAGAGGUCAUCCAUAUAUCGAUAAUCACAUCCGAAGUAGUCGAUAUACCAUCUGGAGUUUCUUUCCUGCUCAACUCUGGUUCCAAUUCACAAAGAUCGCCAAUUUUUACUUCCUCAUCACUGGUAUCAUCCAACUAAUACCUGGGCUGAGUACGACCGGAAGCUUCACCACUAUCGUCCCUUUACUGGUAUUCCUUAGUUUUAGUAUCUUUCGGGAGGGAUGGGAUGAUUUUCGUCGAUAUCGACUCGACAGGAUUGAAAAUCGAAGGCUAGCACGAGUUCUCCACGGCUUUCGAGUAGGAGACGGGGCUAAAUCUGGAGGACAAGACUCUCUAAGAUCCAUUAUCGAAAGGCAUUGGGCCAAAUUCAACAGUGCAAAUCGAGGACAAGGCACAGGAACUGCGGGUGUUCCAGCUGAACCAUAUGGGAAAGAGUUUUCGACGACAACGACUACCGUAAACUCAGAAGAUCCCGAAGCUAGCCAUUGGACCAAGGUCAAGUGGAUCGAUCUUAGAGUUGGAGACAUUAUCGAAACUCAGAGAGACGAACAAGUCCCUGCCGAUAUCGUGCUUCUCUCAGCUGAAGGCCGCGACGGAUUAGCAUACAUCGAAACCAUGGCUCUUGACGGAGAAACAAAUUUGAAAACCAGACAGCCUCCUAGCAUGUUGAGCAAAGGAUGCAAGACCAUGAUCGAAAUAUCAACUUGCCAUGCCGAAUUUGUUCUGGAGGAUCCAAAUCUCGAUCUGUACGAAUUCAACGGCAAAGUGUCUCUCGAUGGUAAGACCGUACCGCUGACUCUUGCGAACGUCGUCUAUCGGGGUAGCACCCUCCGAAAUACGACUCGAAUGAUCGGCAUGGUUAUAAAUACCGGCGAAGAGUGUAAGAUCCGCAUGAACUCCAAUAAGAAUCCUCAAGCAAAAGCGCCAGUAAUUCAGUCCACGACAAAUCACGUUGUCAUCUACCUCUCUGCAUUUGUUAUCUUGCUUUCGAUAGGUUGUUCAGCAGGCUACCUGAUUUGGACUAAGGUCUAUGAGAACAAAGCAUGGUACUUGGCCCACUCGCACAUCAGAUUUGCAGACAUUUUCAUUGCGUUCGCGAUCAUGUAUAACAACCUGAUUCCGUUGGCUUUGUAUGUCAGCUUGGAAAUCGUCAAGCUCUGUCAAUUCUUGCUUCUGCAAGAUAUUGAGAUGUAUGACGAAGUUUCAAAUACGCCGAUGGUCUCAAAUACUCAAACUAUAUAUGAGAAUCUGGGACAAAUUAGCUAUAUUUUCUCUGAUAAGACUGGGACAUUGACAGAGAAUGUAAUGCGAUUUCGCAAGAUGAGUGUUGCUGGGACCAUUUGGACGCACAAUUCGGACGAUAGGGCAGAUCUGCACCACAUGGACUCGAAGACCAAGGAAGAGAAAGCUUUAUUUCGGGUCCAACAGAAUGCGGCACUGGGCAGGAGCUCAGUGAUUCCUUCCUUGGUCGACGAAGACGAGAUUCUCACAUCACACCAAAGCAGAGAUCACUCAUCAUCUCUUGUGAUGAGAAAUUCAAUGCCUGAUAGAAGUUCCAAUACUGAGCAGCCUACAUCUGCGUUACAACACCAUAUUCUUACUGAACCAGGACCCAGCUCGGAUGCAAUCAAGAUGUUUCUGUUAUCUGUAGCGUUAUGCCAUACUUGCUUCCCAGAACUCCAGGAAGAUGGGAAGAUUACCUAUCAAGCAGCAUCACCGGAUGAAUAUGCUCUCGUCGAGGCAGCACACGAAAUGGGAUACAGCCUCUUAUCACGCGAUUCACAUCUCAUCACCCUGGAAAUAUCGUCAGUUGAGACAGAAGGCAUGUCCCAAGAGACUUACGAAGUGCUCGAUGUCAUUGAGUUCAGCACUCACAGGAAACGCAUGUCAAUUGUCGUCAGGUUUCCUGAUGGUCGAAUAUGUCUGUUCUGUAAAGGGGCAGAUUCUAUCAUGCAACCGAGGUUCGCAACUCAGGCUCCUCUAGAAUCAAAGGAGCUUGGUCAGGACGAAGUACAUGACAAAGUUGCAUCAGAAGUCUUCGAUCUCUGUCACCAGCAUAUCAACUCUUUCGCCUCUGAAGGACUUCGCACCCUCGUCUACGGCCACCGCUUCAUCCCAGAAUCCGAAUACGCGGAAUGGUCAUCGAUCUACCAAGCAGCAACAACCUCUCUCACCAAUCGCCAAGCAAUGAUCGAAGCGGCAGGCGAGCUCAUUGAGAAAGACCUUGUUCUCGGAGGAGCAACAGCCAUCGAAGAUAAGCUCCAAAAGGGCGUCCCGGAAACGAUCGAGAAGCUACGAAAAGCCAACAUCAAAAUCUGGAUGCUCACAGGAGAUAAACGGGAAACAGCCAUCAACAUAGCCCAUUCAGCACACAUCUGUAGACCAGACUCCAAAUUCAUCAUCCUCGAUCACCACAAACCCGAUCCUAUCGACGCGCAAAUUUCUUCAGCAGCAUCAGAACUCACCGCUGCCACAACAUCCCGCUCCGUAAUCGUCAUCGACGGCCAAACUCUCGUCUCAAUAGACCAAAACAAACAACUAUCAACAACCUUCUACACCCUCCUCCUCACCGCCACCUCCGUAAUCGUCUGCCGCGCCUCCCCCUCCCAAAAAGCCUCUAUGGUCCGCUCCAUCCGGCACCUGCAACCGACACACCUCACCCUCGCCAUCGGCGACGGCGGCAACGACAUCGCCAUGAUAACCGAAGCCCACGUCGGGAUCGGCAUCUCGGGAAAAGAAGGACUGCAAGCUGCCCGCGUAGCCGACUACUCGAUCGCCCAAUUCCGGUUCCUGCAACGCCUUCUGCUGGUGCACGGGCACUGGAAUUACAUCCGCACGGCAAAAUUCAUCUUGUAUACGUUCUGGAAGGAAAUGCUGUUCUACUGCGUGCAGUUGCUGUAUCAGCGCUGGAACGGAUACACGGGCACCAGUCUGUUUGAGAGCGAUAGUUUGACGGUGUGGAAUACGUUGUUUUCGAGUCUGUGUGUCAUUAUACCGGGGAUCUUCGAGAAGGAUCUUAGUGCCGAGACGCUGCUGGAGGUCCCGGAACUGUACAGGGUGGGGCAGGAGGGGAGGGAGUUUAAUAUGCGCAGUUAUGGGGCCUGGAUGGGAGUGGCGGCUGUGGAGGCGGUGGUUGUGUAUUUUUUGGUGUAUGGGUUGUAUGGGAGGGUUAUGAUGAAGGGGGAUGAGGGUUUGUUUGCUUUUGGGGAUUUGCUGUUUUCGGUUUGUGUGGUGUUUAUUAAUGCGAAGCUGUUGUUUUUGGUUUAUCACCACUUGACCUGGAUCCCGCUCGCCUCGCUCCUUGCCACCAUUACAGGAUGGUGGGCGUGGAAUUUCUUCCUCUCCGGAAUAUAUGCUCGCGCUCCUGGUCCUUAUUACGUUCGUGAUGCGUUCACGUAUCAUUUUGGUGAAGAUCUGUUGUGGUGGGCUGUGUUGCUUAUCGUUGUCAUGGUGGUGAUGGUCAUUGAGAUCAUAAUCGAGGUUGUGAGGAAAAGAUGGUGGCCGACGGAGGUGGAUCUGUGGCAGGAGAGGGAGGCUGAGAAAGCGAGGACGAAGACAAGAACGAGUGAUGACCAUGGGAACUGAGAUAUGAGGAACUGAGAUAUGGAUAUAUGGCUAGACGAGAGGAUGGCUUAGCUGUUUUUCGAUUCGAUACCCGGUUGCGGCCUUUUGAUAGAUCACUUGAUACCCAUACAUUCAGAAGAGAAACAAUUAGAGAAAUAAUCUAUGCAGUUUGAAAUUUGCAAG